AUGGGCUUCCCAGCAUGGGCCGUCAGACCAAAAGGGGAUUCGCCUUCGGGCUUCCCAGCAUGGGCCGUCAGACCAAUGACAGAUUCGCGUGCGGGAGUGACAGCACAGGCAGAGGGGGAGAGUUCAGCAGCAGAUGCCACAGCAGCAGCUGCAGCAGAGCGGGUGGUAUGGCGGGAAUUGUAUGGAAGGGUGGCAGUCUAUAACGAGGAUGCAGUGAGCUUCGUUGUGAGGGCUGCAGAGUGGAUUGGGAGAGGAGGGGGGGAUGGGGAGAGUGCAGCAGGAGGGGAGGGUGCGGUGGAGGGUGGUAGACGGGGGGCAGGGGAGAGUGCAGAUGCAGGAGAAGGGGAGGAGCAACAGGAGCCGUACGAUCUGGUGCUGGUGGAUGUGUUCGACGGCUCAGAUGAGACUCCGUCGGAGCUGCUGGAUAGGGACGGCCCGUUCCUGAGAGCCUUGGCUCGGGUGGUGCAUCCGAAGCACGGCACACUGGUGUUGAACGUGCAUGCAGACGUGCCGCCACCAUCCCUGUGGGAGCGAGCGAGUGACAAAAAACCACCCUUACCCCUCUGCACCCCCCUCCACCCCUCUCCACCCCUCCAGAUGAACGUGCAUGCAGACGUGCCGCCACCAUCCCUGUGGGAACGGGUGACGUGUCGAUUUGGAGAUGGAUGGGCGGAUGAGAGCACGCAGCGAGGGAGAAGGAUUCACAAAAUUUGCCGCGCGUACAGCUCCGCCCUGCUUCAACCAUCUGAAUCACACAAUGCCUCAGCCCAGCCGAACGGGGUUGCGUUCACAACAACAACCGCCUCCCAGGGCAAUAUGACGCUGGUGGUGCAGCGAGGGGUGGUGCUGGGGGAUGGUGGGGAAGGGGACAGGCAGGGUGAGUUGGAAGGGAGGUUGAAGGAGGCAGCAGCAGCGGUGGAGGGGGGAGGGGCUGUACCCUUUACAGUGGCACCCAGGGUUGUUAGAGGGCUCAAGUUGCUUCCCGGCAAUAUGACCCUGGUAGUGCAGCGAGGGGUGGUGGUGGGGGGAGGUGGGGAGGGGGACAGGCAGGGUGAAUUGGAAGGGAGGUUGCGGGGGGGAGCAGCAGCGGUGGAAGAGGGAGGGGCUGUACCCUUUACAGUGGCACCCAGGGUUGUUAGAGGGCUCAAGGUGCUCCUGUGGAGUGGUGAGAUGGAGGGGCGGUUGAAGGAGGGAGCAGCAGCAGUGGUGGAGGAGGGGGGUGCUGUGCCCUUUACAGUGGCACCCAGGGUUGUUAGAGGGCUCAAGUUGCUUCCCGUGGAGUGGAGUUGUUGA